AUGCCCAAUGGCUCCCCGCCCAAAGUCGCCGCAUCCAUUCCGCUCGCGGCCGCUCUGCGUGAAGCACCUCUUCGCUUGACUUCAUUCACCUCACACUUGUCUCUUCUUAUAGCCAUAAUGUCUCUUCAGGGUCUCAUCUCCGGCACAGAGUGCGCCGUGCCUUUCAACCCACUGUCCCAAGUGCUCAAGCACACCGAAGGCGAUCGCAGUUUGCAGCAGGAUAGAAUUGCGGGGCCAUCUACUGCUCGCCUCCAUCAUCUCCCGAGCACUACGUCUGGAUCUGGCUCGCAACAAGACCUGACUCAUGCUCGCCAAUUCUUCGACGAGAGUACACAUACAUCUGCACAAGCUCAGGCUUUUGCGCUUGCACCGCAUAUUCCCCCCCAACUUGCACAUGCUCUCGAGCGCUCAGCCAAUGUCCUCCCCGACCUUUCUAGUGCUUGGAAUCAAACCAGUGGCAAACCAGUCUUAUAUGGGCAGGUUCCGCAUGGUGAACAACUGGGUUCCCGUGCUUCUGGCUGGUCUGCUGAGUUUGGCAGAGCGUCUGGCAUGCCUGCACAAGGUCCCGCUCCAGGUGCUUCCAUGCAACGGCAAGAGUAUUCUCAAACAUCACGCAUGUCUCCCGCAUUUUAUGGAGGUGCCAUGCAGUCGUAUAUGUAUCCGUCCGCCAUGGGCAACGUCGGCAUUCCGCCUUUGGUUGCCCAGCAAGGAAAGGGGAAAGGCAAGGAAAUAGACUUUGAAGCUGCUUUUGCUCAAGCGACUGCCUCGUUUGCCACUGAGCAUGCAGGCAGCGCACGAAUCGUCGAGGUUGAAGAUAGUACCGAUGAUCUUACAGAGCGCCUACAGGAAUCGAGGUUGGAAGGUGGCGGUGAUUCUUUAGAGUAUGGCACAGAUUUCCAAACCGUGUGGGAGAAUCUCAGGAAUUCUGGUCUUCCUCCUCCGGAAGAAGACCAAUUCAAGUGGGAAGCACAGUUUAAUCAACUUAUGAAUUCGGAGCGCGAAGACGAUAUGUUAGAUUAUGGCAAAUCCUUACAGCAAGCAUACGACGAGGGCAUGUCGAGCACAAGUAAUCAACGAAGUAUAGAGUACACCGAUGAAGGGCUGCCGCGCUUGAGUUCCUAUGUCUUCGAGAAGGAUAAUCGAUACUUGGAUCCUUCCACCUCUUCGCGUUCGCAUCUUCAGGCAGCUAAGGACCUACUUGAACAGAACGGUUCGCUCUCAGAGGUUGCUCUAUUACUGGAAGCUGCUAUCCAGCGCGGUGAGCUCGGUGAAGGGGGCUACGAAGCCUGGAUUCUUUUGGGGGAGACAAGAAGCAUGGACGAGCGGGAGGAUGCUGCCAUGCGCGCCUUGACGGAAGGUGUCAAGAUAGCGGAAGCGGCCGGUGCCGAUGGAGCUGGAAUGCUGUCAUUGGCUGUCUCCUUCACGAAUGAAUCAAUCGAGCGGGGUGCACAUACUAUGCUCCUCCAAUGGCUUCGGGCUCGUUACCCAUCGCUCGAUAUACCAGAGGCCGCGUGGCAGUCCUUGAAGGGCGCUGCGUGGAAUUCUCAUGAAAAAGUUACAGACGUAUUCCUCAAGUUGGCUCGCGAGCAGUUUAGCCGGGGCGAGAUGGAUCCGGACGUGCAGAUAGGUCUUGGAAUCCUUUUCUAUACAAGCAGCGAAUUUGAUCGCGCGAAGGAUUGUUUCGAGGCUGCCCUCGCAGUCCGACCUAGAGAUUACUUGCUUUGGAAUCGUAUGGGGUCUGCGCUCUCGAACGGGAAUAAGCCUGAGGAAGCCCUUGGCGCCUACAGGGAGGCAUUGCAGCUACGUCCUACGUACACUCGGGCGAUAUACAAUGUUGCGGUAGCGUGCCUCAAUAUCGGCGCCUUGCAGGAAGCCGCAGAACACCUUUUGGGUGCGCUGGCGAUGCAGGACAUGUCAGGAGGUGCAAAGAGCGACCAACUAUGGCACACGCUUCGGCGGGUAUUUGUCCAGAUGGGCCGACAAAACCUGGCUGAGAUGGCGAUUCCUACAACAGACGUCGCUCUGUUCCGGAAGGAAGGGUUUGAUUUUUAG